ACGCCUCCUCUGAAGAUGGAUGAUAAAAAUGGUUCUGGAACAUACAAUACACAAGAAACAAUAGUGAAAGUUCUUCGGCAAAAUCGCAAACGUAAAUACACAUCGGAUGAUGUCGCGGAAGCCAAUGAUCAAUGCCAACCGUCAGCGAAGCGAUGCAGCACCACCAGCGGUCGAGGUCGGCGUUUGCCGGUGGUCACAUCCUCCGCGCCGUCCAUGCCGAGUCUUUCGUCCUCCGCCAGCACUGCGGCAAGCGGUGGUGGCAACAGUAGUAACGGUGGCUUCAGUGACUUUGGCUCCGACACGCAGAGCUCGUCGGAGUGUUUCCCCACAGUUCCCGACUUCGAUCUGUUCCAGCUACUCUGUCCUGGCUCGGUAAACAGCAGCGUCCUGAGUCCACCGUGCGAUACCACCCUGGUUGGCGGCGGCGGCGGCGGCGGCGGCGAUGUCGCCCCGGAAUGGCUCGCAAAGGAAGCCCGGAACUCCGUGUCUCCGGAUGAAAACCUUAGACCGAACCAGUCCGAAGGUGGACCGGGUGGAAAAGCGACACAAAUCGGGGCCGCCUCCUGCUAUCUAACGCCAUCCUACAAGCGCUCCUGCCCGAUGCCCCGCCUGUCUUGGGCCGAUUCAACCGCAGUGUGGAAGCUGAUGUGCCGAAAGGACGAUUUGUCGUGGCUCGAUCGGGAACCGAAUAUGUUCGACAAACAUCCAAGUAUGGUGCCCCGAAUGCGGUCGAUCCUGUUGGACUGGCUAAGUGAGGUGUGUGAAGUGUACAAAAUGCACCGUGAGACCUACUACCUAGCGCUGGACUUUAUCGACCGGUAUCUGAGCCGCAAAACCGAGCAAAAGAAGACCCACCUUCAGUUGCUGGGCAUCACGGCAUUGUUCGUUGCGGCCAAAGUGGAAGAGAUCUAUCCGCCAAAGCUCGCCGAGUUUGCCUACGUCACGGACGGUGCGUGCACAGAGGAAGAUAUUUUAAACGAAGAGCUAGUGUUGCUUAGCGUACUGGACUGGAACAUCAACCCGAUCACGGUGGUCGGCUGGCUGGGACUGUACAUGCAAAUCCACGUAGGCACCCGAGAGCGGGAGAGUCAGCUGAACUAUGUUCGCGUGGGAACUGCCACCAAAGGCCAACUGUCGUCACCAUCGCCGCAGCAGCGUCCCCGGCCGGGGGACGAAGUGUCCACGCCUAGCAAAUGUAACGUAACAAGCACUACAAUCGAGACUGAUGAUGCCUUCGCGUAUCCGCAGUUUUCCGGCAUGCAAUUCGCGCACACGGCACAGCUGCUCGAUCUUUGCGUGCUGGAUGUCGGUAUGGCGCGGUUUAGGUACUCUGUACUGGCUGCAGCCGCCCUUAGUCACACAUACGAUAGAAAAACAGCAACAACUGUAUCCGGGCUGAGUUGGGAAGAGAUUGCGCCGUGCGCCGAGUGGAUGGAGCCGUUCUUCCAGGUCAUCUGCGAGCAGAAUGCCGCCAGCCCGCUCACCUUCCUUGAAUCCAACGAACCAUUCAAGUACAGCCACGGAUUGAAGCACUUCUGCCCUAAGUUAGUUAGCGACAAUUCACACAUCAUCCAAACGCAUACAACCUCAAUCGGCAUGUUGGAACUGACCAUGAUCAAAACAGAAGAGCUGGAAUCCGCAAGGCGAGUGGUGCAACAGGAAGCGUCACCAGCACCGGCGAUCGGUAUCACGCCGGAGGACGGCUUUCUGACUCCACCGGCAUCGCACCGAAAGUCCUUGGAAGUCCCCAAUGGCCCUCCAUAUGACAAUCCGCCGCAGGCUACCGUGCUACAGGACUCCCAGCUGUAUCCAGUGCCGGGACACGGGGUCAUUGUUGCGCAGUUAGUGCUUAAGUAA